CGAAACCUCUGCCAUCCAUCAGAAACCUGCUGACACCAAAGGGGUCGCCAGGAGUGGAAAUCGACUGGAAAGCAAGUGGUUUUGCAGGUCUACGGGGGUGUGUGCAUGUGCACAUAGGUAGAAAGGAAGGAAGGGAGCUCCCCAUCCCAGCAGGCAUGCAAACAAGCUGACUGCCUUGCCUUUCUGGGAUGCUGCAGAAGGAAUUUUCACGGCUCCAGUUCCCUCUAUCCCUGAGCAUCUCGGGGCGUGGGCGGAAUGGGGUGGUGCAGAACCGAGGGGAGCAUCCACCCGCUUCUAGGAGGAAAGGGUUAAGCAGCGGGCUUGGCGCUCCUGUGGGCGGGCUCGGCGAUCGGCAGCGCCGAGCUCUGUUAGCCAAGUCUGAGCAUCUCCACCGCGGAGGAUGCGGCGCUGCGAGCGGCUGCAGGGACGCGCGCAAGGUGAACGCUGCGGGAUUGGCGCCCAGGCUCUUCCUGUGAGCACUGGGCUGAGGGUCCAGGCACAGCUUUGGUGUGAACCAUGACCCCCCAAGUGUGCGGCCUCCUCCUGCUGCUGCUGCUGCUGCUGCUGCCACCGCCCCUGGAAGCCGGUCCUGCCCUUUCCAGGCCUCUUGAGACCUCAGAGCCACACCCAGUUCCAGGAGCUCACCCCAAAGGCCCCACGAGCACCAAGCCCGAGGCCCUUGACGUCCUUUGGGAGAAGUCCAGAAAUGAGCACUCCUGGAACUCAGGCAUCCCCUGGGCUCCUGUCAACGAGGUGCCUGGUAGGCCUGCAGACAUUCCCCUGGGCCCAGCCCUGCACGGGCCCCAAGCAGCCCCUCAGGCUCAGAGAGCAGGACUCUCAGCGGUCACCGACUCCCUGCAGGCAGCUCCAGGGCCAAGCUCUCAGGGAUGGACAGGGCCUCCUGAUCCUCCGGAAUCUCCGGAGCCAGAAGCACGGGCCCCCUAUGCAAUGGGACCUCCUCAUCUCACUUUCAUGCCGACAACUCCCAGCCAACAACUGGAAGAAGUCAAGGUUCCCCCCUCCACAGGGGAGCCCCGCACGCAGGCAGGGAAACCAGCACCGGGAGACGGGAGCCUGAUGGAUGAGGCCAAGAUCAGGGCUCCAGAGACUGACCACCUGGACCGUCAGGGCUCAUCGCACACUCUUGGUCCCCAGUGGGGCGUUGUCAGGCCCGUCCUGACAGGAGAGUGGGGAGAAGGGGAAGGGUUCCAGGAGGCAGCUGGAGGCCCCCUCUCUACCCAGCAGGAUCCAGCAGCCCCUGAUGGUGGCUCAGUAUCCCCACUUGAGGGGCCAUCCUCUGAGGGUCCGGGGGCCCAGUCCGACCUGGCUCUGGCCAGAAGCCUUCCUCCUGCUGAGGAGCUGCCGGUUGAGCCCCCCAAGAAGGCUGGGGCUGAGAACACCCGACAGCCCAGCUUCCCAGCCUCCCCGCUCAAGGCUUCCCCUGGACCCCAGCCCUCAGGACCCCCAGCCUCAGAGGCUCCAGAUGGACAGCCCAAGCGAGAGAUUGUAGUGAUGAACGGAGCAGACCCUGUCUCCCCGCAGCGAGUCAGAGGGGCAGUGGAGACUCCAGGUACCCUCAAGUAUCCCAUGUCUGGCCCCCUGGAACCUGGCACAGCUACAAACCGAACAGAGAACACUGUGGAAGCCUUGCAACCAGAGGAAGCGGAAGAAUGGCCGGGGCGCCCUCAAAGCCAUCCCCCGGCACCCCCAGUGCAGGCCCCCUCCACAUCCCGCCGCGGCCUCGUUCGGGUCACCACUCAGCGCGCCCUGGCGCAGCCACUGCCUCCGGAUCCCUCAGCCAGCAGCUCCUGGGCGCCUGCCCCGGCCGCCAACCCCCCAGCCAACGCCACCUCACCCCCGCUGCGCUGGGGUCCGCUGCGGCGGGUGCUGAGCUUCGCCUGGGAGCUGCACGUCUACGGGGCGGGGGCGCUUUUCCUGCUGCCCGCGGGCUUGUCGUGCGCCUGGGGCGCCACGGUGACCCUGGGCACGCUCUGCCUGUGCCGGCGCCGCCUGCUCGACGGCCCGCGCGGGUGGGACGCCAGCCCGGGGCCGCGCCUCCUGGCCGUGGCAGGUGCGCUGGGGCUGCUGGCCAGCGGCUUGCAGCUGGCCGCUUCCCUGUGGCUGUACCCGGGACCGGACCGCGUGGGCCGAUUCUCGUGGGCCUGGUGGGGCGUCCACUUCUGGCUGCGCCUACUGGAGCUGAGCUGGGCGCUGGCCCUGGCGCUGGGUGCGGUGACCGCCGCACGGCCCAGGCCGCCCACAGAACACGCUUGCUGGGCCAAGCUGCUACGCCUGGCGUGUCCCGCGCCCGCAGGCAAGAGCGAGGUGCCCGAGCGACCCAAUAACUGCUACGCAGGGCCCAGUGGCGUCGGUGCAGGCAGCCUGGACAUCAGCAAGAGCCUCAUCCGAAACGCAGCCGAGGGCAGACUGCCCGCCACGCCCAGUUCCGGCGCCUGGGGCUCAGCGGCCUCGUUGGGCCGCGGUGCCCAGGCAGGCCCAGGUCUGUCGCGCAGCAGCAUGGGGCCCGCGCCGUCGCUGAGCGAGCUGGACCUACGGCCCCCGUCGCCCAUCAACCUGAGCCGAAGCAUCGACGCGGCGCUCUUCCGAGAGCACUUGGUCCAAGGCAGCGUCUUCCGCCGCUGCGGCCUGCGCGGCCUACUCUCCCCGCCGCCCGGGGGCGCCCUGCGGUUGCGCAGAGGCAGCCACCCAGACGCCGAGCUCGACGUUGCCUCUUCCCUGCUCCGGAGCCGCUGCCGGUCGCUAAGCGACAUGCGCGUACGCGGCCCGCUGCCACCGCACGUCCUGGAAGAGGCGGGCCCUGCAGCCGGGACGGCUUCGGGCAGCUCUCUGGACAGCUUCUCCCGGGGCUCGCUCAAGAUCAGCUGGAACCCGUGGCGCCACGGACUGUCGUCUGUGGACAGCCUGCCCCUAGACGAGCUACCCAGCACCGUGCAGCUCCUGCCCGCGCCCUCCUCUUCCUCGACUCCCACUCCUGCUGGACCUGUACAGCCCCAGGGCGAACGCCCGCAGGGCUGCAGGCCCGGGGAUUCCCGGAGCGCUUCCAGUGACACCAUUGAGCUCUGAGUGGUGUGGGGAAGCGCUAGGCCGAAUCGGACAGGAGCACGCUGGAAAAACUGCCGUUACUGGGCCUUCACCAGAUUCCAGGCCCUAGAAAUGACCAAGAGGGAACCCACCCCACCCUCGUGUUUUUUGUUUUUAACAUAUCUCUAUUUUUUUCAGCGGGUAUUUUGCACAAAGGCCGUCGCUUGCACGGGAUACAGGGUGGACAUGUGCGGACUUGGGUAUGGGAGAGGGGACCAAGCACCCCGUGUCCCAAGUGGCAGAUGAGUGAAGCUUGCUGGUGUGGACUGUGCUUUGUGCCAAAGGAAUAAACCCAGAGGCCUUGGCUCCUA